AUGGCGCUGCUGGCCCGAGGGGAGUUGGCGUGCGAGGCCGCCGGCCACGACGGGAUCAUGCGGGGCGUCGCCGCGUGGCUCGGCCGCGCCGCCGCCGAGCUGCGGCGGGUGCGGUUGGCGCGCGACGCCGCGUCGCUGCGCGGGGCUCUCUUGUCAGCGGGCGCCGCGGCGGAGGCUGCAGCGGGUCUUGCUUGCUGGCCGGGCGCUGCGAAGUCGGCCGCAGCCCGGGAUGGGUCGCUUGUGCGUGAGCUGCUGGGUGCGGCCCUCCUGCAGCUGCCCGACUGCACGGCGGAAGCCACUGACGUGCUGCGGGCGUGGCAGUGCAAGGCGCACGCCGCGGCCGGGCUGCGGUUGCUGGUGGCAGGCGCGCUGCUUGACGCGGCAGGCGGGGCGCCGCGGCUGACGGGCGCGGGCGCGUGGGAUGAGGUGCUUUGCGCUGCGCCCUCGCUGCUGCGGGAGAGCGCGGCCGUGCUCGUCGCCCACCGGGGCCGCCGCCAGGGGGAGGGCGACGGAGAGGCUGUUGUUGGUGGCAGCUGUGCAAGCAGCGACCGCAGCGGCGGCGGCGGCCAUAGCGGCAGUGGCACUGGCAGCGGCAGCGCCACCGCCGGCGGCAGCGGGAGCGGCAGCAGUGGCGCCCAGCACGGUGCCGAGAGGCCUGAAAGUAAUGCGGACGCGACCGCCGACGCGGCGCACAAGACGUGCGCCGCCGUGUGCUCCACUGCGGCCCUCGUGCUGCUGAUUGACACACAGGAGCCAGAGGGCAACAGCAGCGGCGGCAGCAGCAGCAGCAGCAGCAGCUGCGCGGGUCCGGCGCUGGAGGAGCUGCACGCCGCAGCCGCCGGCGUCUGCGGCUGCGGCCGGCUGACCGGCCAAGCGCUCCUGGCAAUGGUGGAGGCGGCCCGCGGCCUGGAGGCUGCGGCGGCGAGCGGGGACACGGCAGCAUGCGAGCUGUUGCGGCCGAUGCUUGCCCGUCUGCUGGCCAACGCGCGCCGCUUGGCGGACGCGCAUGCGACAGCGCCGUGCGAGGAAGGCAGCCCCGAAUCGAGCAGCCUGCGGCCCACUCAGGUCGAGGGGCGGGCCGGCCCGAGCCAGCUGAGCGGCGGCAGCGGGCGCUGCGGUGGAGAGGCGGCCGCGUUUUAUUGGCCGCCAGCGCCUGCAAUGAAUUCUGUCCGAAUCGGCACCGCCGCGCUGCGCGAUGCCGUCCAGCGCCCUCUGACUGGUUGCGCCGGCGCCCCUCGGCCCAUCUGCCGCGUUUGCGUCGGCGGCGAUUCGGCAGAGGCGUCGCGCGGCGGCUGCGGCACCUCGGCCGCGCCGGAGAUCGGCGCCGCUCUGCGCAAGGUGUAUGCGGAACCGCUGCCCUUGAAGCGCAGUGCCCCGUUGGCAGUGAUGUUGGCGGCUGUUGAGCCGGCCGUCGCCUGCGCCGCGGCGCCCGGAGAUGGCCCGGCGCAGGACUGCCUUGCGCCCCGGGCGCCGGGCAGCGGCCGCACCCGCGGCUGCGCGUAUUGCGGGAGGACGUCCGCGCAGGGCGCGGCGCUGCGGCGCUGCGCGGGGUGCGGCGCGCUGACGGGCGUGCGCUACUGCAGCCAGGCAUGCUGCCGCAACCACUGGGUGCGGACGGGGCACAGGCAGCAGUGCGAGGAGGCGCAGCGGCAGUUGCGGGAGCAGAUUGUGCAGCAGCAGUAG